GUCUUCAAAAAAUUCGCGUUCUGGCUGUAAUUAAAUUUUCGGAGGUUCAAACAAGUAAUAAUUAAUUACAAAGCUUUCAUAAUGAUUAUCCAAAAGAAUAAUAACAACAUUCCUGAAUACCUCGACGAAACAUUUUUCAAAAGGGUUCUAACGAGUCAAACAGGAUCUGAAGAUGUCGACAUAUGUAGUCUGGAUUUUUCAAUGGGGAGUAACACGGGUGAAAAUUAUUUGAGCUUUAUUUACCGUGUGCAAGUUGUUUAUACCCAAAAGAGAUCGGAGAGCAGCGAAAUAAAUUUCAUUAUCAAAAGUAUUCCCAUGGACGGAGCUAGAGCAUCAAUUGCUGAAAUGGGUGUCUUCAACAAAGAGAAGAUAAUGUAUUCUGAAUUCUUGCCGCUAAUUGAGAGUUGCCUAGAUGAAAUAACAAUCGCGCCGAAGUGCUAUUACAUUACCAGUGAACCUAUCGCAACAAUGGUCUUCGAAGACAUGAAAGUACCGGGAUACAGAAUAGCAGAUCGGGUGAAAGGCCUAGACAUGGAUCACAGCAAAGCUGCUUUAAUUAAAUUAGCGCAGUAUCACGCUGGUGGCAUGUUACUUCUGGAAAAAGAACCGUCGAUGAACACAUCAGAAGAAUUGAAGUGCGGAAUAUUUACAUCAGCUCUCUUCGCACCAACCAAUUUAGGAAAACGAUUAUAUUUGAAUCUGUCAAGGCUUAUCGGCCAUGCAUCAAAAUGGCACAGCCAUGAAAAAAUCGUGGAUAAACUAAAAGAUAAUCUUAAAAACGAAACUCCAACAAAUAGGAUUUUAGAUGCCAUUCGAAUAGCAUCAGAUGAUAUAGUAACAAUCUGUCAUGGAGAUUGUUGGGUAAACAAUAUCCUUUUCCGACACCAAGGGGAUUCACCAAAUGAUGCUGUUUUCGUUGAUUUCCAAGGAAGCAUGCGAGGGAGUAUAGGGCUCGACAUUAAUUACUUUUUCGCCAGCAGCUUACAAGUAGAUAUUCUGUGCAGUGGUAAAGAUCACCUGAUUGAAGAGGCUUAUUACCCAGCCUUUCGUGCAGCUCUCGAGCGAGGCUUUUAUAAAAACAUUCCUACCAUUCAAAAUGUUAAAGACGAAAUUAGGAAGAAAGCAAUGUAUGGAUUCUUGAGUUCAAUUCUGGUCUUGCCCGUAGUAGCAAUGAAUAAAGAGGAUUCAGCCAAUAGUUGUAUCGAAACAAUGAGGAAUGAAGAUACGGCGAAGAAAAUCGGAGAUCUCUCUUGCUCCUCAGAACGAUUCCUAGAAAGUCAUAAAAUUUUGCUGAUGGAAUACGAUGGUUAUGGAUUAUUCGAUUGA